AUGGCCAAAUUAUAUGCAUAUUAUAUUACAAAUACAUGGCAUGAACUUAAUUAUGUUGGACAAGAUCUUUCAAAAAGUGAUUUUUUAAAUAUGAUGCAUAAUUAUACUAAUUCGCAUACUUCAAAUGUUGCUAUAUUUGAAGAAGAUAUUCAGUUAUAUAAUUCUGAAGAUGAUUUUGAUAUUGAAGAUAAUCUUGAGGAUAAUCUUAAAGAUAAUUCUAUUAUGAAUGAUUUAUCUGAAGUCGAUUCCAGUAUGCUAGAAAUUGAGAAUAGUAUUAAUUUGAAUUUUGCUUUGAAUAAUACGAAUCAACCUUUAAUUCUAGAUGAAGUUAUUGAUCAUGGUGAAAAGGAUUUUGAUAUUGACUCACUUGUCAAUCAAGGAAUACAGAUGCGAAAUGCAUCAAAUAGAUAA